AUGUCAACAUUGACAUCAAAUGACACCGAAAAUAAGGGGCCUUCCUCCCUAGGGAUCAUCAUCUCAGUCACAGCUCUCAGCACCCUCUUCACUGCAGCAAGACUCUAUGUACGGAGCGUGAUACUAAAGAAGGUCCAUUCAGAUGACUACCUCAUCGUGGCGUCAGUAAUCUGUAGCUGGGUGAGCGUCGCGACCGCCGUGGUUGCUGUAUCACACGGCAUGGGCCUACACUUCGAGCUCUUGACCACCCAGCAAAAGUCCGGAGCCAUCUUUUGGACAAUCGCCGGCUUCCCAGCCGGCGUCAUGUCGUUUGGCCUACCCAAGCUCGCCGUCGUCGCCCUCCUGACGCGAAUUCUGAACCCGAGUCCAUGGCACAAGACGUUCCUCUGGGCCCUAUCCCUCUUCUGCCUUCUCAACCUGACGGCCAACAUGAUUCUCCUCUUCACACAUUGCCAGCCAACGCAAUCGCAAUGGGACUUUUCCGUAUCUGGUCACUGCCUGGAUAAAUGGAUAUUGGUCUCGUUUGCUAUUUACACGGGAGCCUUUGGCGCCUUUGUUGACUUGUACCUCGCUGUCUAUCCAGCAUUGGUGCUUGCGAGACUACAGAUGAGCAUCAAGAAAAAGGCAGCUUUGAGUGUUGCGCUGGGUAUUGGGUCUAUCUCGUCCGUAGUCGCGGUUUACAAAUGCACCCGCGUCCCAAGUCUUGCGAGCAGCGACUUCACAUAUGAUACAGCGGAUUUGGUAAUUUGGACAAUAGUCGAAGGCGGCACAAUGAUCAUAGCCGCCUGCAUACCCAUACUCCAACCGCUUGGCGAGCGCAUCUUUGGCAAGCGCAUAUUCGGAUCCGGUCCCAGCGGAGGAAGACAUACCUACGAGAACUAUGAAAUGGGCCCUAGUGGAAGGGCAAAGUCCGAGACGGAGGCGCAACCUCGCACAUGGGGGACCAGCACGAGAGUAGAGAGACGAACUGAUGAAGACAGUCUGGACGAGACGGAAUCAAAGAUCGCAGGGGCGAGAAGUUGUAGCAGUCAGGAGAUGAUACUGAGCCAGGAUGACUUUGAUAGGAAGAUUAUACGGACGGAUACUUUCAGCGUGAGCACGGAGAGAAAGGGAGUUUAA